GACGAGAGCUUUGCAUUGGGUGACUGUGUGUGGUUCUGCUAUCGCGAGUUCCAUUGAGUUAGUUGCAUAGAGAAACUUGAACAACGACUGAAGACUUUUAUUCAUCUACACAACCUAACGGCACAUCCGAAAGUAACCGUCCCGCCAACAUCUGAUUGGAGUUUCAUUCCCUUCACUCAGUGCAGUUGGUUCAGACAGAACCACACAACCAUUUUACAACGUGUUCGCACCCAUCAAAACGUGUUCUGGGGGUGUGGAGUCGGGGUUUCUUUACCCUUCAAAGGCAUACUUGAUACAUUUGAUAUUUGAGAUAACAUUUGAAGAAUUUUUCUGACUACUUCCGCCAAUCACUGAACUGGAACUUGCGAUGGCAGAUCUGGAACUUAAGGCCAGCACCAAAUUUAAUGGACCUGAAACUGAAGCUGUAGAAGGUGGAAUGAAAGGAAAAAGCAUUCAUAAUGAUGCCGUUGAGAGCACGAGUUCCCUUCCAAACAAGGGGGAGCAUUCUGGAUCUACCUCCAUGAAGAUGUCCGUCUUUAACCUGAGCAAUGCCAUCAUGGGCAGUGGGCUCUUGGGUUUAUCAUAUGCCAUGGCCAACACUGGGAUUAUACCAUUUAUAUUCCUUUUAGUUGCCAUUGCACUGAUGUCACUGGUAUUCAAUUCACCUUUUGCUGCAACACUUCAGUUGAAACGGGUAGAUAGCAUGUUUUUUUCAGAAGCACCUGAAUUCAUUGUCAAAUUGUCCAGUCCUUUUAAUGCUUCACACUUAAGUUCCAUGGUUUAUGAAACACUUGGUCAGCUAGCAUUUGGUAAACUGGGGAAAUUUGCAGUUUUCGGAUCAACAUCUUUGCAGAACAUUGGAGCUAUCUUGAGUUAUCUUUUAAUUGUCAAGAAUCAACUGCCACAUGUCAUCCAGUCCUUUACAUACCAAGAAAAUUCUGAAGUGUGGUAUUUAAAUGGCAACAGCCUUGUUAUAUGUGUGACUUUAGCCAUCAUCCUGCCUCUGUGUCUUUUCAAGAACUUAGGAUACCUUGGAUAUACCAGCGGAUUAUCACUUUUCUGUAUGAUCUUCUUUCUAAUUGUAGUCAUCUAUAAAAUGACACAACUUCCCUGUCCUUUGAUAUCAACUAAUCCUUCAAACUUUUCUUGCACAGACAUGUGCUCACCCAAGUACUUUGUCUGGAAUAAUAAGACUGUCUAUGCAUUGCCCACUGUGGCCUUUGCUUUUGUGUGCCAUCCAUCAGUAUUGCCCAUUUACAGUGAACUUAAGAAUCACACCUGCAAGAAAAUGCGGCUGGUUUCAGUUUAUUCCUUUGGAUCAAUGUUUAUCAUGUACCUGUUGACAGCAAUCUUUGGAUACCUUACUUUCUUUGGCAAUGUUAAAGAAGAGCUGCUUCACUCUUACACUGAUCCCAAUGACAGACUUAUUUUGCUAAUUCGUUUGGCUGUAAUUGUAGCAGUAAUACUGACUGUGCCUGUCCUUCUGUUCACUGUCCGCUCUUCAAUUGUCUUGUUGUUGUUCAAGGCACAAUUCAGCUGGAUUCAACACAUUAUAGUCACAGGCAGUCUGCUGUUUGUUGCUAAUCUUUUGGUAAUAUACAUCCCAACGAUAAAGGAUGUAUUUGCUGUCAUCGGCUCCACUUCUGCUAAUAUGCUGAUCUUCAUUCUUCCUGCCUUAUUAUACUUAAAGCUCGUAAAGAAUGAGUCUCAAGGAAAAUGGCAAAAAAUAGGCGCUGUAGCAUUUCUCAUUGUUGGGAUAAUGUUUAUAAUGUUUACUGUACCACUGAUCUUUGUUGAAUGGAAUGAAAGACGUGGCAAUUACACAAUCAUGAAAAGCUGCUCAGAAUGAUGGUGACACUGGUAACAGUCUGAAGAAAAUGACAAGGUUUGUUUGCCAGUCCAGAGUGUUCAGUGAAGCAUUAUUCAGUCAGAAAUUUGUCUCGUUAACCAAGAAGUGUCGCACCUGGUAGCUUACCUGCUACAAUUUUUAUGAUAAUACAAACAGACCGCUUUGGACCACAAUGAAGCUGCAACCUUAACGGAUGUAUAAUCAUAACUAGAUUGUUUUAAAAUUUUCUCUAUUUUAAACAAAACUAGUAACUAUUUGUCCAUAAUUACUGAUAGAUAAAAAUUUCUGGCAAUUUUUUGGUACUGAAAUUCUAGCUUUUGAUUACUUAAAGCAUUUUUCAUCCAUUUUGCAAAUUAUUCCAUUUUAAUUAUUUAAAAGACAAUUACGUUCCAUAAACCACUCCAUACCUUAUAAUCUUUUCCCCAAUCUUCUUUGAAACCUAUUGUAAAAUGGCAUAUUGUCAUCCAUCAAGGUAAUUACUUCUACCUCAAUUAUCAAAGGUCUCAGUUAUAAAAUUUAAUAUGAACAGGGUUUGAAAUAUCGUCAUGCAAUGCAAACAAAUGAGCACUUAAUGUAUUCCUUUUACUCGUUUCAAUGUUGAUAAAUAUAAGUAGUGCAGGAAUGACCUUGUUGCUAUAUUAUACAGGUAAAAAUGUGUAUCAAAAGUAUGUAAUUUGAGAUUGUUAUUUGAUUAUUAUGUAUAUACCCCAAUGUUCCAAGGCCCACUACCUCACUUAAAACAAGUAUUAUAGUGCAGACACAGCCACAAAAUGUUAUCUCUAAGGUUACAUGAUAUUUUAAUAUAGUUGUACCUUGCUACAAAUAGUCCAGGCUGAUGGUUCAUGGCAGCACUUGAGGCAUGCUACAUUCUCAAAGAUGCUUAAUCAAAGUCUUCCUAUUUGAUUAUAAGUGAUGUUAUGCACUUGUGUGUAGAUUUUGUGAGCUUGUUAUGAGCUAUAGGACUUUGAGCAUGGAAUGCAGAGGAUCCUGUAAUAGUGAGCUCUUUGCCCAAAUUUCAAUGAUAUCUUCUCCUUGUCAAACAUUUUUAAAAUGGAGGACGCAAUGGGGCUAUCUUUGACUUUUUGUACAAUAUAAAAUGAGCAACUGCAGAUCCAAUGGUCGGUUUUACAUCUGUUCCAAACUCCAUUUCUUUUGGAGGAUGGAAAACAAUCUGUUCAUUUGCUAUCAACAAAAACAACUUGUAUUUAUAUAGCACUUUUCGUGUGACAAAGCAUCCCAAGGCAUUUCCCAGGUAUAUUGCCAAACAACAUGUGGCAUCAUAGCAUCUCACAGUAGAAAAGAGAUAUGUGGAGAUUGAGGAAGGGAGUUCCAGAAAUUGGACCCUUGACUGCUGAAGGCACAACUGCAAUGGAGAACUACAAAGAUCUUGGAUGGUUGUAAUGGGGAGAAGAUUACAAAGAUAAAAUGGGGGAAGACAAUGAAAGGAUUUUAAAUCAAGGGUGAGAAUUUGAAAGUCAAACUACUGCUUAACCAGGAUCCAACAUAGGUCAGCAAGGACAAGGAAGAUGAGUGAAUGGGACUUAGUGCAAAUUAGGACUUGAGCAGCAUGGUUUGGAUGACCUCAAAUGUAUGGAAGUUUGAAUAAGUGGUUGGCAAGGAAUGCAUUAGGAUGAUAAAUUGUACUGAUAACAAAGGGACAAAGGUAGGUUUCAGCAAGAGAUGAGGUGAUGGAGAGACAGAAUUUAAUAAGUACCCUUCCAACUCACCAGGGCCUCAUGUCCCAUGCUCCUUCCACUCACCGCAGCCCCAUUUGCUGCCUUCCCUUUAAACUCACCAGAUUCACAUUAUAACCCAAUGUAACAUCUAAAACAAAUGAAUUAAAUAUGUGUUGGUGUAUUAAUGUACAUAACAUCCAAUAGUCUGGAAAAGCUGCUAGUCCAGCACCCACCAAAGUCCCAAGCAUGCCAAAUUAUCAUAGCUUUACAGUCCUAAUCUUGCACUUUCUUGCUGGUAGAUUUUUUUUCAAAAAAUUACGCAAAAUGGCUCCGGUAUAGCAAGAAAAUACUUUGUUUUUGAGAGUAGGCAAGCUUUCUGCAAAUGAUUUAAUGAGAUACAAUUUGAAUGAAUUUCUAUUGGUAGCAGAUUUGUAACUGAAACCAGUACAUCCCGCAGUUUUCAAUCUGUACGUAUCUUACAAUAGGAAAUAGAAUUUUGAUCUCUUUUAAUGGUAUAUAAAUUUGCUUCUGUGAAAUGCUUUCAUUUAUUUUAGUUUGGAUUACUGCUUUGUAAGUCUGAAUGCUUUCUUUUAAUAAAGUUGGAAUGUUGUCAUAUACUUGCAAUUCAGGAAACAAUUGCACUGAUUAUAGACAAAAAUUCUGGAAUUUUGCAUCCACAAUCAUGUUAAAAAAUUUGCUUUGCUGUUAAAAAUACCGUUUCCAUUAUCUAUGGAAAGGAAAAUGUACUGCACAUAUCAACUACACUAAUUUUAAUAUUUGAACUUUUUGGACAUAUAUCAGAAUCAGAUCUAUUAUCACUGACACAUGUCGUAAAAUUUGUUGUUCUGUGGCACCAGUACAGUGCAAGACAUAAAGACAUAAAAUUACUUUAAGUUACAGAAAUAAAUAAAUAGUGCAAAAGAGGAAUAAUGAGGUAAUGUUCAUAGGUUCAUAGACUGUUCAGAAAUCUGAUGGUGGAGGGGAAGAAUCUGUUCCUGAAACAUUAUGUGUGGGUCUUCAGGCUCCUGUACCUCCUCCCCGAUAGUAGUAACGUGAAGAGGGCAUGUCCCGGGUGGUGAGGGUCCUUAAUGUUGGAUGCUACCUUCUUGAGGCACCACCCCUUGAAGAUGUCCUCAAAGGCGAGGGGGUGUUGUGCCCAUGAUGGAGCUGGCUGAGUCUACAACUCUCUGCAGCAUCUUUUGAUCCUGCACAUUGGAGCCACCAUACCAGGUGGUGAUGCAACCAGUCAGAAUUCUCCCCACUGUACAUCUGUAGAAAUUUACAAGAGUCUUUGGUGACAUACCAAAUCUCCUCAAACUCCUAAUGAAGUAGAGCCACUGGUGUGCCUUCUUCAUGACGGCAUCAAUGUAUUGGGCCCAAGAUAGAUCCAAGAGAUGUUGACGCCCAGGACCUUGAAGCUGCUCACCCUUUCCACCACUGACCCCUCAAUGAAGACUGGUAUGUGUUCUCCCAACCUCCCCUUUCUGAAGUCCACAAUCAUUUUCUUGGUCUUGCUGGUGUCGAGUACAAGGUUGUUGUUGUGACACCACCCAACCAGCCGAUCUAUCUCACUCCCGUACACAUCCUCAUUGCCAUCUGAGAUUCUACCAACAACAGUGGUGUCAUCGGUGAAUUUAUAGAUGACGUUUGAGCUGUGCUAAGCCACACAGUCAUGAAUGUAGAGAGAGUAAAGCAGUGGGCUAAGCAUGCAUCCUUAAGGUGUGCCUGUGUUGAUUGUCAGCGAGAAGGAGAUGUUAUUACCAAUCUACACUGAUUGUGGUCUCCCCGAUAAGGAAGUCGAGGAUCCAGUUGCAGAGGGAGGUACAGAGGUUCAGAUUUUGAAGCUUGUUAAUUAGUACUGAGGGGAUGAUGGUGUUGAACACCGAGCUGUAAUCAAUAAACAGCAGCCUGACAUAUAUUUUGCUGUUGUCUAGGUGCUCUAAAGCCGAGUGGAGAGCCAGUGAGAUUGUGUCCGCUGUAGGUUUGUUGUGGCGGUAGGCAAAUUGCCGUGGGCCCAGGUCCUUGCUCAGGCAGGAGCCAUGACCAACCUCUCAAAGCACUUCAUCACAGUAGAUGUGAGUGCUACUGGGUGAUAGUUGUUGAGGCAGCUCACCCUGCUCUUCUUGGGCACCAGUAUGAUUGAUGCCCUUUUGAAGCAAGUGGGAACCUCUGACUGCAGCAGUGAGAGGUUGAAGAUGUCCUUGAACACUCCAGCCAGUUGGUCAGCACAGAUUUUCAGUACCCUGCCAGGUACACCGUCGGGGCCUGAUGCCUUACGAGGGUUCACCCUCUUGAAGGACAUUCUGACGUCAGCCUCCGAGACAGACAUCACAGGGUCAUGAGAUGUUGUGGGGAUUUGCACAGGUGUGUUAUUCUCCCUUUCAAAGGAGAUGGGCAGCACGGUAGUGUAGCAGUUAGCAUAACGCUAUUACUACGCCAGCGACCCGGGUUCGAUUCCGACCACUGUCUGUUGGGAGUUUGUACGUUCUCCCCAUGUCUCCGUGGGUUUCCUCCCGCAUUCCAAAGACAUACAUGUUAAGAGUUGUGGGCAUGCUAUAUUGGCACCAGAAGUGUGGCGACUCUUGCAGGCUGCCCCCAGAACAUUCAACGCAAAGAUGUACAUGUGACUAAUUAAGAAAUCUUAUCUUAUACAUGCAUGUACAAUAAAGAAAUAUUGUGUAUUUCAAUUGUAUAAAGAUCUUUU